AUCAUCAUCAUCAUCAUCAUCGUCAACUGACUCUUUCAAACCUGACUGCCCACACUGUCCGCGUUUCUUGUGUUCUUGUUGUUUUUUUUCUCACUCAAUAAUCUACCCUUCUUCCUCUUUUUCCGUCUCCUCUCCCGCUUCGAUCAAUUACCGGGACGCGGGGUUCUGGUCACCACAACGCAAGCUUUAACCUAACCACUCUCACAUCGCUGCUUGCUUGCUUUGGCUUGCUCGUCUUUCCUACUGUGCACUUCCCCGCCUGUUCCUUAAUGUCGCAACAUCCUUGACUUUAAUCCAAUAUCAAAACACGCACCCAUUCUUCUCAAAAAGGGGAAAAAGAAACAAUUAUUCUGUUCCAGACUCCCACAUACGCUUGGAAUAAUCCUCCCCGCCGCAUCUUUGCUUUUCAUUUCAACCUACUUUGCUACAGACAUAACUGGCGGCUUUGAAAGAUGGUAGACGGAGAUCCAGGGUCACCCACCUGGAAGUUCACACAAUGUUUUGGAGAUAAAGGUGAUGUAGAGGAUAUCACAGAAGCGGAUAUCAUUUCGACAGUCGAGUUCGAUCACACAGGAAACUACCUCGCUACCGGAGACAAAGGAGGCCGCGUGGUAUUGUUUGAAAGAAAUGAAACGAAAAAAACAUGCGAAUACAAAUUUCACACCGAAUUUCAAUCCCACGAGCCCGAAUUCGAUUACCUCAAAUCCCUAGAAAUCGAAGAGAAAAUCAACAAGAUCAAGUGGUGCAAACGACAAAAUGCGUCCCAUUUCCUGUUAUCCACCAACGAUAAGACGAUAAAGUUAUGGAAAGUGUUUGACAAGUCGUUGAAGGUCGUUGCGGAAAAUAACCUGUCGCAUGAUCUCACGCCAGCUGGCGUGUUGGGUGGUGGUACCGCUCGUCCUCCGCACAUCCACUUCAAGGAUGCAUCAGCGCUGAAACUCCCUCGAAUGACACACCAUGAUACGGUCGUGGCAGCCGUUCCUAGAAGGACGUAUGCCAACGCGCACGCCUAUCAUAUCAACAGCAUUUCGGUGAAUAGUGACGGCGAGACUUUUAUCAGCAGUGACGAUCUCCGAAUCAACCUGUGGAAUCUCAAUAUCCAGGAUCAGAGUUUCAAUAUUGUGGACAUCAAACCUGCGAAUAUGGAAGAGUUGACGGAAGUUAUUACGGCAUCAGAAUUCCACCCUACUAGCUGCAAUUACUUUAUGUAUGCCAGUUCAAAGGGAACAAUCAAGAUGGCGGAUAUGAGGCAGCGAGCUCUUUGUGACGAACAUUCAAAACAAUUCGAGCAGGAAGAAGAUGCGUCGUCGCGAUCGUUUUUCUCCGAAAUCAUCUCCUCCAUUUCCGACGUGCGCUUUUCUCAUGACGGACGUUACAUCCUCUCGCGUGACUACUUGACUGUGAAGAUUUGGGACGUCAACAUGGAGCGCCAACCCAUCAAGACAAUCCCCAUUCACGAACAUCUCCGACCGCGUCUGUGUGAUACCUACGAGAACGACAGUAUUUUUGAUAAAUUCGAAGUUGUGUUUUCAGGCGAUGCGGAGAAUGUGAUGACGGGUAGUUACAACAACAAUUUCAUGAUCUAUCCAACCGACCCAGACAAGGAGACAGAAGUUGUAUUGCAGGCGGACAAAUCGGCUUUCAAGGCCAAGAAGGUCGGGGUACCUACGCCAAUUAAUAAGAAUGGAAAGAAGAAUGGAUCCAGAGCCAACAGUCCUGCUGGUGCAGGGUCCCGAAUGAGAAAGGAAACCGACGCAGAUCAGAUUGAUUUCAAUAAGAAGAUUCUCCAUAUGAGCUGGCAUCCUUUCGAGGAUAGCAUUGCUAUUGCGGCUACGAACAACCUUUUUGUUUUCUCAGCAUUGUAAUGGACGACGACAGGGUUUCUGAUGCUGGCGUGGACAUCUCGGCGUACUUACCCAGCUACUCUCUUGUUUCUAACAUAUCCUUUGCGACUCAGUGCAUACUGACAAAGGUGAAAGUUACAGUAUUGCAUCCAGACAGAACUCUAUACCUAAGCGACUAGUAGAAUAGUCUUGUUCAAUGCUAGAUGACUUGGUUUUAUUGUC